UUCAAUGUUUACCUUCCCCGGUUGUGUGUAUAUAUUUUUAUUUAUUAGUAAAUUUUUAUUUGUCACGCGUUAAAAUAAUAGUAAAUCCGCCAAAACCAGUGACUUUAAAUUAACUUAUGCUUGUUUAUGUUUAGCGAUAGCAUAAUAUGUAUAUAUAUUUCUUUUUAGCGCUGUGAAUGAAGUUAUCACUGACAUGAACCUUACAGAUAUAAUGUUUACAUGGAGUAUAAUCAUGAAAUAAAUAUACUGUUAUCUCAUGAAUUGUUUGAUUGUCUCUUUAUAGAAUUUGUUUCUUUCAUCUUUUAAGGUUUUAACUAUUUGUUGUGAUGAAACUAAGAUGGCAAGUAAAUGUAAAUAAAAUUAUAUUAUGGCUAAUGCCACUGUAGAUAACGGAAGUGUUAAUUGGAUAGAAUUUUGUAACAAGCAUGCGAAACUAGCUGCUAGCAAUUUCGCUAGAUCAUUUAUAGGUUAUGUUAAUUCUCAUAAUUUGAAUUCUGCUACGUUAGAGCAUAAGGAAUUUAUUUCGAAGUUUGUUGAUACAUUUGUAGAACAUUUUGAGACUGAAUUAAAUAGGUAUAAGGACAAAGGGCAUUUAUCAAAUGGAGUCGCCGGCCCAUCUGGAAUCAAUGGUCAUAACGAACAUCACCAUGAGCCAAGUGACUAUUUUGAGCAGGACCCUCCUGAGCCAAGGUCCCCCAAGUUACUUCAUAAACCUUUUUUCCGAAGGCUAUCUUUUAAAGCUUUGAAAAAAGGUAAAGGGUUUUUUUAUCGACAAGUCUCAGAUGAAGGAGAGAAUAGUGCACUUGGCAGGAGUUUGCGACUUGACAAAAGUUCAAAAACUAGGUUGGCGAAAAUUGUUGUAGAAUGUAGGAAGGAAGGUAUCGUCAAUUACUUAGUAGGUGAAAAUCCUGAUGGUACUCAAAAAUGGGAGAGAUGUCGACUUGCUCUUGUUAAAACAAUUGGUGGAUACAUGCUAGAAUUUUUUUCUCCCCCAAAAUCAACAAAACCUAAAAGUGGUGUAUUCUGUUUUUUAAUUACUGAAGCUAGAGAAACUACUGCUUUAGAGAUGCCUGACCAUGAAAACACGUUUGUUCUUAAAGCUGACAAUAAUAUGGAGUAUGUCAUAGAGGCUCAUGAUAUAGAUGACAUGAGGGAUUGGUUAGCUACAGUUAAGUACUGUAUGAGACCUACUGCUGAAUCUGACAGCGAAGCUCGUCUCAAAGAGCUUGAAGAUGCACCUGAACUUCCACCUAGGGUUGAAGGUGCUGGAAGUAAUUUUGAACUUUGUGAAGAUCAAGUGACAGAUCUUGAUCUUUCUCAGAUUCUUGAGGAUUAUCCUUGGUUUCAUGGUACUCUGCCCCGAGCUGAAGCCGCAUCUUUAGUUCUUCAUGGUGGCUCUACUGCUCAUGGUGUUUUCCUUGUUAGACAAAGUGAAACGAGAAAAGGGGAAUUUGUGCUUACUUUCAAUUUCCAUGGUAGAGCUAAGCACCUUCGAAUGACCCUAAAUGAUUGCGGCCAGUGUCGUGUUCAGCACUUGUGGUUCUCAUCAAUCUUUGACAUGCUAGAACACUUCCGGCAACAUCCUAUACCGCUAGAAUCUGGGGGCACUGCUGAUGUAACUCUAACAAAUUAUGUAGUUAAUGCUUCUCCUAAUCCAGCACCGACUGCUAGGCUCCAGAAAAUUAGGAAGCAUGCCUUGUCUAAUGAUGAGGUUUUGGUUAUGAGGAGGGAGGAGAAAGAAGACCGGUUCCGGCGCCUGAAGAACGAGAGGUUGUGACUCAUGACGGUUCCAUUAGAGCUAGAGCAGAAUCGCUUGAGCGGGUCCAGGAGUCUGAGUCUGGAGGAUCAGUAGCUUCCAAUGCAGGCAGAGCAGUCGAGAAUACUUACAGUUUUGUGUAAGAAGGCAUUAAUUAUGACUCUUGGCCAUGAUAUUACUCCGCUUAACAGAUUUCAUCUCAGCCUUUCUAGGCAUCAGUGGAAGAAAGGAGUAGUUCCAGCUGCAAGACAAUUCAUUUCCUUGCUUGCCACUUCCGAACGCUCUAGGAGAAACAGCAUCGUUGAGUUGUGUUCGAAGCUAGUCAAGUUUUUCUUAACUAAAAUGCUCAUUUUCUAAAUAUUAUGGUACCAUUUUAUUUUAUGUUUUAUUUUUAAAAUAUAACAUUUUAUUUUUUAUCUGUAUUACUCUUGCUAAUAUUGAAAAUUAUAUUAUUCGUUAUAAUAAAUUCAUGAUAAUUAUUAUGAUGUAAUUAUUGAAUAAUUGUUUUUAUGCAAUUUUUAUUUUUAUUUUAUUUAUUACUGUCUCAUUAUCAACACUUAUGAAAAAAAUAUAUAUGUAAACAUUAUUUGUGUGAACGUUUUAACAUUGUUAUUUCCUUAAUCUACACUUGGAAAAUUGAGCAAAAUUCACUCUUAACUCAUUGGUGUUAUUUGUUGUUUAAUGAAAAAAUGUAAUGAUUAAAUUUAAAAAAAAUAAUAAUGAAUCUUGUUAUACUUUAUCUAUGUGCCAAUAAUACAAAUGUUAAGAAAACUUAUAAAAUAUGUAUGUAUAUUUCAAUGUAUGUAUUUCUCUUCCAAGUAUAUUGUUUUAUUGUUUAUUUAAUGUUAUAUCAAGGCAUUGUUCCAAAGAAUAUGAUAUUUUUUUUUCAAAAAAAUUUAAUUCACCUCAUAAAACAUUACUUUUAGAAUCUUGGUCCAUGUUCUACCUUUUUACGAGUAUACAGCUCCUUCCUAUUUAUUGUUGUGUGUACAACACUAAAUGUUGUAAAUCUAUUGUUGUGGUUGUUUUUGUUCUUCAAAAAGCUGUUGUAUCAUUGUUUAUGUUAAAUUUGUAUCACCUGUUGAUGUAAUAAAAACCAUGUUAUUAUAAAAUAUUACAUCAAUGUCCAUCUGGUAAAUCUUUUAAGCAUAUUAUCGAUGUAAAUAAAAAUAAAUGUGAAUUUAAUUUUU